AUGGAACUGCCCGACCGAACUAAUCGUGAUCGAAGGUUGGCCCCGGCUAGCAGCACGUAUCCUAACACCCACGCUAGUAUAAUGUCCGAAUGGCGCUGCAUUACACGCUCGGCUGCUCGACAUGCCAAACGCAGACCCCGUUUGUCGUUCGGUUUCUGGAAUCCGUGUUUCUCUGUAAACUUACCGAAUCCCUGUCCGUCUAUUCGAACUACGAUCCAAGAAUGUGUGAAUGGGCUAAUUGGUCCACCACUCUCCAAUAUCUUCCGGCCGCGAACCUCCAGCGACCCAGAGGUCGCUGUAGCAGAACGUGCAAGAGUAGGUAUCCUCCUAAGUCGCCCGGCAGAAGGUCCCUUGCUUGACUGGAUACUCAUUGUUGGUUGCCUCUAUGCAGUUCGUAUGACAACGUCUGUGGAACCUCAAAAGCGGGAAGCUGAUAGCUACGUUUACCCUGACACUAUCAAAGAAAACUUUAAUGACGCUUUGAAAACCCUUUCACGGCUAUGUAAAAUCUCAGAUAUCGUUGCGAUUGCCAGAGGUCUCAAUGCACAAGCGAGCAAACUCAGUGUGUCUGGAAAUCUAUUAGGUGGUCGACAUAAAGCGGACUCGGUGCGCACGACAAACGAGUGA